GUCGAACGCAGCUAGAGGAAGAUGCCACGCAAGGCCGGCCGUCGCAAGAAGACCCGUACGCAUGCCAAUGCGGGCACGGAAGACUACGAGAACACGCCCAAGAGCUUCGUCUUCAAGAUGGGCAAAGCACCGGGCUGUGUCAUCAACCUCGUCCAGGACAUGCGCCAGGUCAUGCUGCCGUACACAGCCGACAAGCUCCGUGAGAAGCGCAAAAACACGAUCCAAGAUUUCGUGCACGUGGCGGCGCCGCUCGGCGUCUCGCACUUCCUCGCUUUUAGCCACACAGACGCCGGCACGAACAUGAAGCUCGUGCGCCUCCCGCGCGGCCCGACGCUCUCGUUCAAGGUCGUCGGCUACUCGCUCAUGAAGCACAUCCACUCGAUCCAGAAGCGCCCGGUCGAUGCGUCGCUUGCCUUCAAGACGUCGCCGCUCGUCGUCCUCAACAACUUUACCGGCGCCGAAGACCACGUCAAGCUUCUCAAUGCGACGUUUCAAAACAUGUUCCCGGCCAUUGACGUCCAGACAAUUGCGCUCGCCGACUGUCGCCGCGUCGUGCUCUUCCACUACGACAAGGAGACGGGCCAUGUUGAGUUCCGUCAGUAUGUCAUCCGCGCCGCGCCGCUCGGUCUCUCGAAGAGCGUCAAGACGCUCGUCAAGUCCAAGGUCCCGAACCUCGGCAACGUCGAAGAUAUCUCGGACUUUGUCUUCGGGAAUGCGCAGACAGGCAUGACGUCCGAUAGCGAGGUCGACGACGAGUCGGCGCACAUUGUGCUGCCCGACAAGUUCCGCGGCCGGGGCAACACGAAGAGCGAGAAGAGCGCGGUGCGCCUCGCCGAGGUUGGCCCGCGCCUCACGCUCAAGCUCGUCAAGGUCGAGAAGGGCGUGUGCGACGGCGAUAUCUUGUACCACGCCUUCGUGCAAAAGACGCCGGAGGAAGCCGCCAAGAUCAAGGCGCGCAAGGACAUGGAGAACGCGCUCAAGCGCAAGCGCCGCGAAGAGCAGGCCGCCAACGUCCAGGCCAAGACGGACGCAAAGGAGGCGAAGAAGAAGGCCAAGGCCGACAAGAAGGGCGUCGACGUGCACACCAAGCGCCGCCUUCUGCAGCAGUACGCCAACACGGAAGAAGUCUCGGACCUCGAAGACGCCGAGUACUACCGCCAGGCCGUCGGCGAAGAGCCGGACGCGUACAUGUUUUCGGACCGCAAGGUUGCCGAGAAGAAGGCGCCCAUGGCCGGCAAGCGCAAGUUCAACGACCGCAAGCCGCCGGUUGACAAGUCGAGUGGCAAACCGAGUGGCAAGCCGACGGGCAAGCCGACGGGGAAGCCGACGGGGAAGAAGCCGAUGGGCAAGGCCUUUGGCGGCAAGAAGAAGGACUUUCCCGCCAAGAAGGGCGCCCGCGCGACCUUCAACAAAUUCAAGGGCCGGAAAAAGUAGAGCGCUCGCGACACCAGACCUGUUUUUUUAACUCAUAACUCUCAAAUCAUCAUUGCUACUACAUA